CCUCAUUUGUGAUUCCCUUCAAUCUCUCACCGUCACUACCCAUUGUGCAACCACUGCAACGCUGAUCUUCUCCCAUCUCUCACUCACACUCGACUUGACAGCUCUUCUCCAAUCUCUCAACUAGCCACUGGCAACUCAUUUCAUUCUCGGUAUCCCUCGUUAUUACCACUGAAAUCGACAAUGACUGGCUACUUGCCUGAGUUGCCUCCACUCAUGGCUCACGGCUCACCUUUAGCUCCAAGGCUCAGGCUCAAGAAUGGCAGAAUUGCACACCGCGUUGACACUAAAAUCUUCUCCGUUCCUGUUGCUUCUUCUCCCUUUCCCUCCUCCUCUUCCUCUUCCCCUUUCCUUCCUCGAUUUCCUAAACCACUGUUAACAACCGUCAACCGGAGAACAUCUUCUUCUUGCCCCUUUCAUUCCUCCUGAUGCUACUUCUUCUCCUUCUCCUUCCUCCUGUUCCUCCUCCCCCUUCCUUCCUCUAUUUCCCUCUGGUUUGGAGACUUGAACCAAAUCUAAUGGAAAUUCAAAGAAAUUUCAAAAAAUUUGUUGGGUUUUUUUGCUUCUUUUGUAGUUUACUUUUGACGAAUUCAAGUAUAUGUGUAAUCAAAAUUGUUAUAGAUG